GAUAGGUCUCCCGCGCCUAGGGGAGGGAGUGGGGCGGCGGCCCAGAGUCAUCUUCCGCCCGCCCUCUACUGCUUUAGGCUUGGGGGCUGAAUAUGUUCAGUCCCGUGGAAGGCGAAGCCUAGGUUGCUGGCACAGCCCCGAAGCCCCGAGCAGUUAGCACUUUGUUCGGGGAAGAUGCUACUGGCCUUUUGGGAAGUUGUGUCGGAGCAGCCAGAGGCUGGAAUAUUUGAAGGUGUGAAUCGGGCUUAGGUGAUAUCAGGAGUCUUUUGACAUGUUGAGGUCGUGUAGGGGCUUCUACUUGUAUGCAUUUCACGUAUGGACUGUAUACUCCCUGGCUCUUAACAGAGGAUCGUGAAGCAGGGCCCCCCUAGCCACCCGAGAGCAGAAGCAGCCUGGCUUUCGGAGGGCACUAUCUCCUGGAGCGGUAUCAGUUCCCAAAGAGGACGGCAUCUAGAAUGACAGUUAAGAAGCAUAGUAGUAAAAUCAGCACCCAUGGACACACCAUCCCGUUAAGGAGAACAUUGCCAGUACUGCUGCAUCUAUCUUUGUGCUCCUCCCCAACCCAGCUCCCAGCUUCCCACCCCUAGAGUGAACAAGGGGUGCUGGGUCAUGGAACCCUAGGUGCUACAGUGAUCCCCUCUCUCAGGGAGCUGAUGCCUUGGCUUCUUCGCUGUCAGAAGCCUGGAAAGUAUCAGGAGGCAGUCUGGUACCUCACUUCCGGCCCAGCUUCCUCAAGGUAAGUCUGCACUGUGCAGGAGGCUGACCUCCCAAGGGCUCUACAGAGGGAUUAGGACUCUUGAGGGCGCUCAGCUGAGUGAGGGAACAGGGCAGGAUGCUGCCUCCCUUGGCCUGACUCAGAGGCCUCUGUGCUAGAGUGACAGCCCCGCCAGCCUGGCUUCUCCUGCAGUGAAAUAGAGGAUGAUACUCAUUUAGAGCAAGAGGAGUAAGUCAAAGAUCUUACUAAUGUUUUAUCUCCUGAGCUGAAUCAUUGAUACAGGAGUCUUUGUUUUAUUAUUCUUUAGGCUCUGCAUACAUUUUAUGUACACUGUUUUGUGUGUAUGAUAUGUAUCAGAAUUGUAAAAUGCUAGGGUCCCUAGCAGUGGGUGUCAGUGUCAUGUCUGGGAGGAGUCCUUGGCACCGAGCCACUGAACAGAUCACUCCCUUCUUCCUGUGGCAGCUCCUGCUGGCACUCCCAUCUGGACCCAGGCUGCCUGGGUCUCAGAUCUUCUGUGAGGGGCUGUGUUGUUCCUGGUGGGGGUGGCUUGCCUCACACUUGGCUCUCUCUGUUUUCCCUCAGCUCCAGUCCUUCUCUGAGAGGGAGACCAGGUCAUGGCAGCCAUACUCCUGACAGCCUGGCCCCAGGGACUUCAUGGACCCCCUGAAGCUCAUCCAUGGACCUCCAUGGACUCCAGGGCCUGAGCCAUGGAAUUGGCCCUAGGGCAGCAGGAACCUGUUGUUUCAGAAGUUGGUGACCUUCGAGGAUGUGGCUGUGUACUUCACCCAGAUGGAAUGGGACAGCCUGUCCCCUGCACAGAGGGCCCUGUACAGGGAUGUGAUGCUGGAGAAUUAUGGAAAUAUGGCCUCCCUGGGAUUUCCACUUCUCAAACCUGCUGUGAUCUCACAACUGGAAGGAGGAGGUGAGCUGGGGGGCCCAUCUCCACUGGCUGCUGGGACAGAAGCAUGCCCCCAGGCCCUCUGGACUGUAGAUAUUGAUAUUCAGACUGACAAUAAUUUGACAAAGGAAAUGGAUGAAGAAAAAGUUAAUACAUCAUUUGAACUUCAGAGGGACUUUUCCCAGGAAACAGCCUUUUCAGAAGCCUUUGUUCUAGAGAAACAAGAGGAAGCUCACUCAGUAGGAAGUAUGAAGAAAGAAAACAGUAUCAUUGAUGGAACAGUGAAAGACGACACAAGCCCCAUGGAGGAGUGUUUCUUUAAUCAAAGUCCAAACUUGAAUCAGUGUUACACUGUCUCCACUGGAGAGCAAUCCCCUGAGUGUACUGGACUGGAGAAAGCCUUCAGCUUUGACACAAAACUUAUUCAGCAUGAAAUACUUAACACUGGGAAAAGACCUUUCAAAUGUGAAGAAUUAGUGGAAACCUUUAGGUGUAACUCUCAACUUACUCAGCAUCAAGAUAGUUACACUGGGGAGAAGCCCCAUCAGUGUAAGGAGUGUGGCAAAGCCUUUAGCAUUCAUGCAAAAUUAAUUUGGCAUCAAAGACUUCAUAGCAGGGAGAAACCCUUCAAGUGUGUUGAGUGUGGGAAAAGUUUUAGUUACAGUUCCCAUUAUAUCACACAUCAGACAAUCCACAGUGGAGAGAAGCCCUAUCAGUGUAAGGUGUGUGGGAAGGCCUUCAGCGUUAAUGGGAGUCUAAGUCGGCAUCAGAGAAUCCACACAGGAGAGAAGCCCUAUCAGUGCAAGGAGUGUGGAAGUGGCUUCAGCUGCAGUUCUGCAUAUAUCACACACCAGAGAGUCCACACGGGAGAGAAACCUUACCAGUGUAAUGACUGUGGGAAAGCUUUCAAUGUUAAUGCAAAAUUAAUUCAACAUCAGAGAAUCCACACUGGAGAGAAACCUUAUGAAUGUAAUGAGUGUGGGAAAGGCUUCAGGUGCAGCUCCCAGCUUAGGCAGCAUCAGAGCGUCCACACUGGAGAGAAGCCCUAUCAGUGUAAGGAGUGUGGAAAAGCCUUUAGUAAUAAUGCAAAACUCAUUCAGCAUCAAAGAAUUCACACAGGUGAGAAACCCUAUGAGUGUACUGAAUGUGGAAAAGCCUUUAGCGUCAAAGGGAAGUUAAUCCAGCACCAGAGAAUCCACACGGGUGAAAAACCCUAUGAGUGUAAAGAAUGUGGGAAAGCCUUCAGGUGUAACUCUCAGCUCCGGCAGCAUCUGAGAAUCCACACUGGGGAGAAGCCCUACGAGUGUAAGGAGUGUGGGAAGGCCUUCAAUGUUAAUGCAAAACUAAUGCAGCAUCAGAGGAUGCAUACUGGGGAGAAACCCUUUGAAUGUAAUGAGUGUGGGAAAUGCUUUACUUCUAAAAGAAACCUACUUGAUCAUCACCGAAUCCAUACUGGAGAAAAGCCUUAUCAAUGUAAGGAAUGUGGGAAAGCCUUCAGUAUCAAUGCCAAACUAACUAGGCAUCAGAGAAUACACACUGGGGAGAAACCUUUCAAAUGUGUGGAAUGUGAGAAAGCAUUUAGCUGUAGUUCUGACUAUAUUGUACAUCAGAGAAUCCAUACUGGAGAGAAACCCUUUCAGUGUAAGGAAUGUGGAAAAGCCUUCCACGUUAAUGCCCAUUUAAUUCGGCAUCAGAGAAGCCACACUGGGGAGAAACCCUUCAGAUGCAUGGAGUGUGGCAAAGGCUUCAGCUAUAGCUCUGACUGUAUUAUACAUCAGACUGUCCAUACUUGGAAGAAACCCUAUGUGUGUAAUAUGUGUGGGAAAGCCUUCAGGUUUAGCUUCCAACUUAGUCAGCAUCAGAGUGUCCAUAGUGAAGGAAAAUCCUAAUGAGAAGGAUAUAGAAAAUUCUGAUGGUUAAUGCUGAAAUGGAUGAAGUAUCAUCAAAUUUGCCCUGGUGGAAAACCCUGAGAGGGGAAAUAAAUAUGACAGAGUCUUCAAAUGGAAACAGAUCUUUUCCAUUUUAUUCAGUUUUAAAUCAGGAUUGAUGACCAGUUAAAAAGUGACAUCCAAAAAUAAAUAGUUUGUUUUAUACCAACAACCAAAGAAAAUAUAAUGAAAGAAAACAUCCCAUUCCAAACAGCAUCAAGAAAAGUAGAUUUUCUAGGAAUAGACUCAAUUAUUAUGAAGGGCCUAUAUGGAGAAACUAUAAAUCUCCACUGACGGCCUCAAAAGGAAAUUUAAAUAAAUGGGGAGACAGAGGGAAACCUUGUUCUUGAAUAGGGAAACUCAUAAAGAUACUCACUCUACCUAAAUUAAUUUAUUUCCCCUUCAUUUUUGACAACAAGCAUGCAUCCCUUUUGUAAAGAGGAAAAACAAUAAAGAUUUCCUUUAAAAAGGAAAAA